AUGCCGAAGUAUGCAAAAUUCUUGAAGGAGAUAUUGAGCAACAAGAGGAAGCUGGAGGACUUGGGAUUGGUGACCCUGAAUGAGGAGUGCUCCGCCAUUCUUGGUGCUUUAGCUGACUUAGGAGCUAGUAUUAACUUGAUGCCCACUAGCUUGUUUGAUAGACUUGGUUUGAGUGAGCCUAAAUCCACUAGGAUGAGCAUUCAGCUAGCAUAUAGGACUAUUAAGAUUCCUAGGAGUAUAGUUGUGGAUGUACUUGUUAAGGUAGACAAGUUCAUAUUUCCUAUUGAUUUCAUUAUCAUGGAUAUGGAGGGUGAGAGUACUGUGCCACUGGUCUUAGGUAGACCUUUCCUUGCUAUAUCUAGGGCUGUUAUAGAUAUUUGUAAUGGGAAGCUCCAACUUAGGGUAGAUGAUGAAACUAUCACCUUUGACUUAGUGACUUCCAUGAGACAAUCUUUAGACUAUGAUGAUAUUGUAUAUUUUAUAGAUGUCUUGGAUGAUGUUGUUGAGUCUCAUAUGCAGGAGAUUUUGCUUGAUGAUGCUUUACAGGUUACAUUGCAGGGAGAUAAGAAGGAGUUGUCUAACGAGCAAAUGCUGGAGCAACUCACUUGUUUGCUGGCUAGUGAGCCCAGCCGUUCUACUGACCCAUUUAUUUCUCUUGACAGCUUAGAUGUGCAGAAGGUGAAACCUUCUAUUGAGGAAUCCCAGUCCUAG